GUAUGAGUUGAAUGGUUCUGCUUAUCUGAAUUUAUGCCAAGUAUAAGCAUGGUGUAGGUAUUGCUAGCAUCUUACUGUUUGUUUAUCGAAUUUCUUUUGUGUUUAAAACUAUUGUCAUCCUAUGCAUCUUUUGGUUGUCAAAGUUAAUAUCAACUUAAAGAGAAGUCCACUUAAAGACCGAUGACGAGUAUACAGAAAUGCAAAGAUAGAAUAUUCAUGAAAUCUUCCACAUUUAUGCAUAACUAGCCACAGUAAAAACUAGAAAAGUCACAUGCCCAACAACAAGUUGUAUCAAUAUUCAAGAAAUCGAUAAGCGGUAUUAGCGAUUAGGUGGAUUAUACGGGACCUAUGCAGAGCCUAUUUGUUAACAAACUAAUGAUUUAUAUUAUAUAUAGAUAGUUUUUAGGUUUAAAUAUAAAAUUAUUUUGAUAAAUUAUCAAAAUUUAAUAUACACAACAAAAUAAAUUUAAAAAUUUUACAGAUUUGUACUAACAUUAUUACUUAAUUAAACUGAAUUAUAAGGGUCUAAACCGGUUUUAAUCGUAUAAAUCGGAUUUUAAGAAAUCUGUUUCGGCUAUGACUGAUUUGUACCAUGACCAGCUAAAUUUCAACGUAAGAUCUAAAGCAAGAAUCAAACAAGCUAAUGAUCCAACUAGGCAUAUGCGUUUCUAUCCUAAACCGAAGUCUCUACAUUAACCCGAACUGAAAAACUGAAUUUUAUUUGAACCGUUAUAAACAAAUAUCCGAGCAGAAUUUAAGAGUUCUGUACUUUCGGAUUCAGAUACAAUCUGAACCGAAUUGAAAUCCGAAUUAGGAUUCAAAAUUAGUUAAAUGUGUUAAUUUUUUUAUAUAUUUUAAGGUAAUUUAGAUAUUUUAUAGUAUUUUAAAAGAUUUUUGUAGUCAGACAAAAAAUAAGAAGAUUUUUGUAGUUUUUAUUUGCUAUUUUGAGUACUUCUUAAUUAGUUUAAAUAGCCUAACUAGAUUUUAUUUAGAUUUUUGAAUAAUUUAUAUAUUUUGAAUAUUUUGAUAAAAAAAUUUGAGAUUACUUUUUGAUGAUAAUCUGAUCCGAACUGAACUUUGAAAGAAUUAAACCCUACCCAAAAGUUAGAAAUAUCAAAAUGAGACUUACUAGCAAUAGUACCGAAAAUCCAGAUCAACCGACGACCGAAUCCCAAGUUUGUCUUUGGUCUAUAACAGGUUGAUUAACGGGCUGGGCUUAAAUGCAAGCCGUCUAAAUUAGUCAAAGCCCAUAUCAACCUAACGGCUAGUUUACAUUGGUUUACGGCUCCUUCCUUUCCGUUUAGACGCAACGGCUACUUUUUUUUUUUUUCUGAAGAACUUUCUAACGGCAACCUUUUUUCUCCCACGCCUUUUAAUACUGGGACGAUGCGACUUAAGAGCCUCACACUUGUUUCUCUCUGUCUGGUCUGUCUUUUUAAUUCUUUCUUGCCCCCCCUCCUCAAAUUGAGAUUUGAUUUCUUUGUCUCUCAGUACAGCUUUCCUUGUACAAAAAAAAAGGAUCAAAAUCAAAAUGGAGACUCCAUUAUCAUCAAGAAGAGUCGCUGGAUCUCAGCCUAUCUUUCCUACCAACAACUCUGAUUCGUUGAGAAGAACAGAGGACUCAAGCUUCUCUCAAAGGAAGAAAAACAACGCACAAGAAGACAGAUCGGCGCUCACCGACAUAACCAACGACUCACCGAUCGUGGGUCUAACGAUGCAGACUCCUCCUUCAGGGUUCGUGUGUAAGAAAAAGAACAGCAGAAUCAUCAAGAGCACGCCUGGUUCUGGUGAAGCCCUUCUGAGAGGACAAGUCAAGACCCUUUUGGACAGGGUUGAAGAAGGAACAGAGCUUAUUACCCAUUCAAUAAAGUCUCUCCCUUUCAUCCAUCUCGUCACUUCCCCGAUGAGACUUCUCGCCCCAACUCCAGCAAACACUCCUCAGUUUCCAAACUUUUCAGAUGAUAAAGUGCAGAUAAAGAUCGCAUCCCCCGUUGUCGCCGGACACUUGAGAACAUCUCAAGUAAGCUAUGUUAAUGGGACUUUGAAGGGAAGUGAGAUAUUUGAAGAGAAGGAAGAAAUGAGUAUGAGCAUAAGUCGUUCUUUGCUUUUUGAUUUCACGGAUAAGCCAGCAGCAUUAUGGGAUGAAGAAGAAGAAGAGGUGGAGAAGACUCAAGCUGAAUUUGCAGGGAAACAUAGUAGAUUUGUGUACAACAGUGAAGAUGAUGAGAUUGUAGAGGCCAAAAAAGUUUGCUACUGAAGAAGAAGAAGAAGAAGAGUCUCCUAAUCCCAUAAUUUCCCCCAAUAUUGUAUUGGGCUGCUUUGUAUUUUUGGUCAUGAAAGAGUGAUCUAAACAAAACACAGUUGUGAUUUAAUAACAGAAGAAGCACGUUCCAACGAACCUCUCUAGUAGUCUCUACUCUCUCUGCGUACCUCUUAUCUCCGCAAAGUUACGUUUUGUCUCUCAAGUCCAUAGCGGAUCUUCUCGAGAACGUUGAGGCUCCCGUGAGCGACAAGACAUUAGUCAUGUACAUGCUCAAUGGUCUCAAUGAACGUUUUGAUCACAUCAUUAACGUGAUCAAACAUCAGAAGCCAUUCCCCUCAUUCGAUGAGGCUCGCAACAUGCUUGAAAUGGAGGAGGCGAGACUGAAGAAGCCAAGCAAAAGCAGUGGCACGCACACUGAUCAUUCCUCAUCCUCUACGGCGCUCGUUACAACUCAAGAAGGAAAGGCUGGACAAUCUCGCAAUCAGUCACGUAACUCCAACAACAGAGGCAAUCGUCGUGGAGGCAGAGGCAGAGGCCGCAACUUCCAGAACCGACACAACUACAACAACUGGAACAUGCCGCAGCAGUAUUGGCCGGGCAACUACUCGCCAUGGCAGAACCCUCAGCAAGCGCCUUGGAUGAUGUACCCGCAAGGCUACAACCCACGCAUGUUUGCUCCACGACCAACCACCAAUCAAUCUCACGAGGCCAACUUUGCAGAGGGACAAUUUCAGCCAACAACGGACUUCGCAGAAUCUUUCAACACCAUGACCUUGGCUGAACCAUCUCCAAACUGGUACAUGGACUCGGGGGCCUCUUCCCACUUGGCCUCUUCAUCAGGUAUGCUCCAAUCUGUUCUUAAAAUGAACACCGGAAAUAAGGUGAUCGUUGGUAAUGGUUCCUCAAUCCCUAUACAUUUCUCGGGAAACACUGAAAUCAAUACCAAAACUCAUCCUCUAUCUCUCAGAAAUGUUCUUAUUGCUCCUCAAAUUGUUAAAAACCUUAUCUCUGUUCGUCGGUUUACUACUGACAAUUGGUGUUCUGUGGAGUUUGAUCCUUUUGGUUUUUCUGUGAAGGAUCUUCAGUCGCAGAGAAUUCUACUCCGCAGUGAGUCAACCGGGGAUCUCUAUCCUGUUCCGUCUUCUCUCAAUAAAGCUCAUCAUGCUUCUGCUUUCAUAACUGAGUCGCCUUCUUUAUGGCAUAAAAGGUUGAUUCAUGCUAAUAAUGAGACAAUUCGCUCUGUUAUUUCUUCAAACUCUUUGAUUUGUAAUAAGGACAGCUUACCUUUUUGUAAUGCUUGUCAGUUGGGGAAACAGAUAAAACUUCCGUUCUUCAAGUCUGAAACCAAAACUUUAAAACCAUUUGACUUGAUACACUCAGACAUAUGGACUUCACCGGUUCAUAGUUUAAGUGGAGUUAAAUAUUACGUUCUUUUUCUAGAUGAUUUUUCACAUUACCUUUGGGUUUGUCCUAUUCGCAAUAAGAGUGAUGUCUUUUCAAAAUACUUACAUUUCUCCUCUUAUGUGCAAACUCAGUUUCAAUCAUCUAUAAAAGCUUUUCAAUGUGACAAUGGUGGAGAAUACAAUAACAAAAGGUUCAUGGAGCAUUUCGAUAUCAAUGGAAUUGUUGUUCGUUUCUCUUGUCCUCACACUUCACAACAAAAUGGAAAAAGUGAAAGGAUGAUAAGAACGAUCAACAAUGCUGUUCGAUCUCUUCUCUUUCAAGCUAAAUUGGCUCCAUCCUACUGGGUUGAGGCGCUUCAUGCCGCUACUCACGUCCUUAAUAUCCUACCUUCGUCUGCUAUUGGUAAUAAAACUCCUCACUUCAUGCUCCAUGGACAUACCCCGUCUUAUGAUCACUUAAAAGUUUUUGGUUGCCUUUGUUUCCCAAACAUAAAUCAUUCUCAUUUAAACAAGCUUGCUGCUCGCUCGAAACCAUGUCUUUUCCUCGGAUAUCCUCUUCACCACCGAGGUUAUAGAUGCAUGGAUCUAAAAACCAAUCGCAUUAUCUUGUCUCGUCAUGUCAUCUUUGACGAGACAACAUUCCCAGCAGCUCAAAAAGCCUCACCCACAAUCUCACCUUAUCACUUCCUAAACAACACGGAGGACACUUCCCCGAUGUUCAAAACAAUUCUUGAGUCCAAACAAGCAACACCACUUCCGCUUGUUGACCACCAAGAACCAUCUCCUGUGAUACAACCUCCGGCUCCUACUCGCAUGACAACUCGCGGGCAAGCUGGAAUUGUAAAACCCAGGAAAAUAUUCAGCCUUGUCACCUCUUCUGUGUCUAGAAUCCCAUCAAACCACCACAAAGCUCUAGGUGAUCCAAACUGGAAACCAGCGAUUACCAAAGAGUACGAUGCUCAGGUUAAGAAUAAGACUUGGAGCUUAGUACCAAGGCCAUUUGGUGCUAAUAUUAUUAACUCUAUGUGGCUGUUUAAGGAAAAACAUGAUGCAGAUGGAAAUCAUACCUCCAACAAGGCUCGUUUGGUCGCAAAUGGGAAAACACAACAAGCUGGAGUUGACUACUACGAGACUUUUAGCCCAGUUGUCAAGCCAGCGUCAAUACGAACCGUCCUCAAUAUCGCCCUAAACCGUGGCUGGAACAUCAACCAGCUGGACGUACAGAACGCCUUCCUACACGGUACGAUCUCAGAAACGAUAUACAUGCAUCAGCCCCCGGGUUUUGUUGACAGGAACAAACCACAUCACGUGUGCAAGCUUGAGAAGGCCCUAUACGGCCUCAAACAAGCUCCUCGAGCUUGGAAUGCACGUUUCAGUUCUUAUCUACAACGCAUGGGAUUCAAAACCAGUAAAUCAGAUGCAUCUUUGUUCGUAUACAGACGUGGAAAGGAUAUGGCUUACCUUCUGCUUUACGUAGAUGAUAUAAUCCUCACCGGUUCCAGCAGCUCCCUCCUCGACCGCAUCAAAACAUCCUUGAAAAAGGAAUUCCCAAUGACAGACAUGGGUCGGCUUUCAUACUUUCUAGGUGUCAAGGUUGAGUACAACAAAGCGGGCAUCCUACUUUCACAACAGCACUAUGCCUCGGAGAUAAUAGAGAAAGCAGGAAUGUCCCUAUGUAAACCCCUUUCCACACCAGUCGACGUGAACUCCAAGCUUUCUUCAGAAGGAGGCGCGAAACUUGAGAACCCGACUCAUUACCGGAGCUUGGCUGGCGCGCUUCAAUACCUGACGUUCACGAGACCAGACAUAGCAUACGCAGUGCAGCAGGUGUGUCUCUUCAUGCAUGAUCCAAGAACUCAGCACAUGACUGCCUUAAAGAGGAUCAUUCGCUAUCUACAAGGCACAAAAGAUCAAGGGAUACAAAUAUACAGGUCAAGCCUCGACACUCUCACGGCCUACUCGGACGCUGAUUGGGCGGGAUGUCCUGACACCAGACGCUCCACAUCAGGAUACUGUGUCUAUCUUGGAGAAAACUUAAUCUCUUGGUCUUCAAAAAGACAACAAACGGUCUCACGCUCCAGCGCCGAAGCUGGAUACAGAGGAGUCGCCAAUGCUUUAGCAGAGACCUGUUGGCUUCGCAACCUUCUGCUCGAGCUUCACAUACCAAUGAAGAAAGCAACCCUGAUAUUCUGCGACAAUGUCAGCUCGGUUUACCUCUCCUCAAAUCCUGUCAAGCACCAACGCACAAAGCACGUUGAACUGGAUAUCCAUUUUGUCAGAGAAAAAGUUGCUUUGGGUGAGGUCAAAGUCUUACACGUUCCAUCGGCGUAUCAGUAUGCUGAUAUAUUCACAAAAGGACUACCAUCGUCAUUGUUCAACAACUUCAAAGACAGCUUGACCGUUAGGAAAUCCAACGUUCCAACUGAGGGAGGGUGAAAGAAUAUACGAAAGAUAUUCUUAUUCUGUUUAUAAAAUUUUGUAAUCAUC